GCACGGGCUGGCGGCGCGCGCCAAGCGGGGGGCACCGUGCGGGUGCAGGCACGAUGGAAGGGGGUGCGUACGGAGCGGGCAAAGCCGGGGGCGCCUUCGACCCCCACACUCUGGUACGGCAGCCGCACACCAUCCUGCGCGUCGUGUCCUGGGUGUUCUCCAUCGUGGUGUUCGGCUCCAUCGUGAACGAGGGCUACCUCAACACCCCCUCGGAGGGCGAGGAGUUCUGCAUCUACAACCGCAACCCCAACGCCUGCAGCUACGGCGUGACCGUGGGCGUGCUCGCCUUCCUCACCUGCCUGCUGUACCUGGCCCUGGACGUGUACUUCCCACAGAUCAGCAGCGUGAAGGACCGCAAGAAAGCCGUCCUGUCCGACAUCGGGGUCUCGGCCUUCUGGGCCUUCCUCUGGUUCGUGGGCUUCUGCUACCUGGCCAACCAGUGGCAGGUCUCCAAGCCUAAGGACAACCCACUUAACGAAGGAACGGACGCAGCCCGGGCCGCCAUCGCCUUCUCCUUCUUCUCCAUCUUCACGUGGGCCAGGCUGUGCUGGCCUUCCAGCGGUACCAGAUUGGCGCCGACUCAGCCCUCUUCUCCCAGGACUACAUGGACCCCAGCCAGGACUCCAGCAUGCCUUAUGCCCCCUACGUGGAGCCCAGCGCCGGGCCAGACCCCACUGGCAUGGGUGGCACCUACCAGCAGCCGGCCAACUCCUUCGACACCGAGCCCCAGGGCUACCAGUCGCAGGGCUACUGAGCCGCAGUGGUCACUUCCUCCCCCUUUCUCCCCGCCCCCCGCCUGCCCCUGCCCCUGCCCCACCGUCCCCUGCCCCUCCCUCCACACCCUGCCCCCUGCUCCCUCCCAGGCUGUCCUGCCCAGCACCUCAUCAGCCUCCCAAUUGUUCUGCUGAGGUCCAGGGCAGCUUGGGAUGGGAGGGGGCAGUAAGGUAUUAUGGGGGGUGUCGACGUGUGUGUGGAAAUGUGUUCAGCAGGCGCCUGGGGUAUUUGCAUUCACUCAUUGUGUCAUCGAGCAUUCAUUGAGCACCUACUGUGUGUUCAGCCCAUGCUUGGCGUGCGCUUGGAAGAGCAGUGGUCUCUGAAAACGGGGAAGACGAGGUGUGGAGGAGGCCCUGUCGGUGGCAGAGGGGGGAACAGAGGGAAGGACAGACCGAGGUGAUGCGGGGAAGGUUUGGCCGCAGGGUAAGUGUGAACACCCGCAACCCUGGAGGCUGUCACUGCUAGGAGCAACGCAACAGCUCUGCUGGGAGUGCUGGGGCUGUCUCCUGUCUGUGGUUGUGGAAGCUGAGGCCUGGAGAAGUCAGCGCCACUCAUCCAGGGCUGCUCAGGCAGCCAGAGGUGGAAGCGGGGCCAAGCCCAGGCUGCCUGACUGCAGAGCACCUGCGGCCCCCCACCUCCAUCCUCCCGCAGCCCCCAGCCAGGGGCUCCACUGCUCAGUGCCCCCAUGACUCUGGGGGGCCUUGGGGACCUCAGCCCGGGAGCCACCCUGAUUCUACUGCAGGCUAGGGGCCCUUCUGCCCAGGGGACAGUGCUGCCUGCAGGCCCUCUGCCCAUUUCCCCACCGGCUGCUCCCAGGGUGGGAGUUCCCCUGCGUGCCUCACUGGGCUGUGUGUGUCCCUCUGGGGGCUCGGUACCGGCUUUGUGGCCUCUCAAAGGACUGACCGCUGUCCCUGUCCCUAGGAGAAGCUCGCUAAGACCCUGCCCAGGGCUAGGUGAUGAGGAGGCCCACAGGGGCAGCCGCUGGCCCGAGGUCCCAUGGGUGAGUGGCAGGGCUGGGCUGGCUGCCUGGGUUUCUUGGCCCCAACCACCCAGCAGGUGUCCCGAUUUCCUGCCUUUGUGACCUCCCAGGAAACAACUGCUCUGCGACACUGUCUCAUCUUUCCCUCUCUGGGGUCAGCCAGGGGCCUAGGGGCUCAAAUAGCUGUGGGAAUGGAAGGUCCUUCCCCCGGCCUCUCCCAAGGCCCACCGAGGGGCCAGUCUCCUUGUGAGAGGAGGAAAGGAGAGGACAAGGACUCGGGCCCCGCACGGCCAGCCUGGGAGCUGCCGCUGUGGCACAGGCCGCCCAGCGGCGAGCAGUGAGGGCCCUGGUGGGCUUGGGGAGGCCACAGGCUGUCGAGGAGAGGGUAGCAGGGGUCCCCAAGGGACAGGAAAGGCUAGGGGUCUGUUGCACAAGGUGGGCUCUUCAUUGAGCCUUGAGGCACAGGGAGGCCUUGAACAGUGGAGGUACGAGGAGGCCUGGGAUCCAGCGCCUCGGGUCACAGAGCGAGGGGGCUGUGGGCUGGCAAGGUGCUGGGCGUUCCCACCACUGGCUCCCCACAUCCCCACAGAACCCAAAGAGGCAGGUGAUAUGCAGCAGCGAUGGGGAGCCUGAGCUGUGGACCAGGAGCUGGCGGUCUGUCAGAGAUGAACACUCAGCCCGCAACUGGACCAGGGCUGCGCGGUGGGCUGAGGCCCCCCAGGAGGGUGCGGAGGAUGGCAGCAGUUGGUACAGCCGCAAGGGAAUGAGAAGGAAUUCCUAGGCAGAGAAGUAGCAUCACCGUCCCCACUCCACAGCAGGGGACACCGAGGCUCAGGGAGUUGGCGUUAGCAGUAGGGCGUGGGUGCGAACUCAGGUCUGUGCGAGUCCUCCUGAGGGGCAGCAGUGAGGGGAGAGGACCCCCGAGAGCUGAGCAGCAGCCGGUUGGGGCUGACUUCAGUGUUCCCCAUCUGAGGAAGGGCUCUGCCCCCCGGGCGGUCCGAGUGGUGGUUUCUGCCUGGCAGUACCAGACCAGAGUUGGCGGAACAGGUAAGGGGGUGGGUGGGCAGGUACGGAUGUGUUUCCGGCAGAAGUUCAGUGCAUAAGUGCUUCCCCUCCCCACCAACAACCUCCCCUGCUAAUGGACACUAGGGGACCCUGGGGGAUGCCCAUCUGUUGUCCCCGAGCACCAACCAGCUCUGCCGGCGUGGCGCUGGAGGGCAGGGUGCAUUUAAGCUGCGCCCAGUCUCUGGGUGUUUAUUGCAGACUCUCCCUGCUACUCCACACUGGGAAGGUUUAUGAGACCCCCACCGGGAGUUGGGGUCACUGAACCAUCUCAACGUUCCUCGCUCGUCCUGGGGCGCAGCCCAAACAUCCCACCGUCCGGUGGAGGCCAGCCUGUGGUUGCACUGAGAAACAGGGCGAGAGAUGUUGGAGGGCAGCGUGUGGGAGAGACCCACAGCCCCUGACCCCCUCUGGGAUGUUGGCAGGGAAGCCCUGUUGUGUCUUGGCUGAGGACACCCUGGAGGGCCCAGCAUCCUGACCUUGCAGUUUAGGUCUCUUCCUCCCAUCAAGCGCAAGAGACAGCUCAGGAAAACUGGAUUCCACACAAGUUUAGAGCUGCAAGGACCCUUAAGAGACAGAAGAGUCUGGGCCAGGAAGACAGUGACUUGCCCAAAUCAAGCACAGAGCUAGAGGUUCCGGAUCCAGGUCUCCUGCCUCUGAGUUGACAUCCCACGGAGUCACAGGCUGCCUGCCUGGGUGUGGCUCUAGGUCCACCCUGGGUGUAACAAUUAAGGGACUAAUCCCCAGGAGAUUGGCAUUUGCUCCCCCGCCCAACCUUUCCUAGUCAUUCUUGAUCUUCCAAGACUUUCGGGGUCCCAGGCUUCCCCCAUGUAACCAAGAGCCCCCACUUGUUACCCCAUGGGGAGCCCCCAACCUUGGCCCAAGAUCCCUUCUAAUUUUCUAAGGAGCACGAAGGGGGACAUCCCUCCCCAGAGUUUGUAGGAGGAUGGGCUGGUCCAGCCGUCUCCCAGCGCUGCCCCUUGACGUGAUACCCCCAUCCUCUGGUGCCCACAGCCCUUGUCCGGGUCCCCCGGCCCCUCCCGCAGCGUUACUGCCUGUGUAUAGUAUAAAUAUAUAUAUUUUCUAUAUAUAAGAUGUAUAAUAUAAGGCUCCACAAAUAUAACUGUGUGCGUGUGUGCGGUGAAUGGUGGUCCCCAUCCUGGGCCCCUACUCUGGACUCCCCCACCACCUGGUUAAGCCUCUCAAGAAUGAAUACAGUCGCCCCGUGACAACCCCCUUUAUGACAUCCGUCCAUUUGUGGUGAACCAAGUAAAGGUGGUGACUUCUGGUGACAGUAAUAAAGUGAAGACUCAAAACCC